CUAUAAUUACUCGGAACUCUAAAAUCAAAUCAAAAUCUAACAAGCAUAGAAGAAUAUUCGCUCUUCGAAACCCUUUUAGAUUUUUUGGAUCCCUUUAAAUUUAAACAAAUACCCAAAAUCCCAAAAUUCCAUCGUGCCCAAAUUCACCUCUCCCGCUCAAAUCAAACCCUUGCCACUAAUUUGACCAAAUCUUAGGAUCUCUGGGAGAACUCUAGUACAAGCAGUAUCUGCUUUGUCAAAAUUAUUGCAUCAAGUCAAAGUAUACUCAUCAUGAAGUUCUUAGAAUACACUCCGCUAGAUCGAUUAAAUGAUUUCUUGAGUCGUCUAAAUCUUGGGGAGCGUACCAUUAAAGGAUGCCUUGAAGCUUAUUCCUGCAAACACACAGGAACUGAUAAGAAACUCUCUCUCAGCUUGGAGAAUGAGAUGCUUGAUUAUCUAGGGAAAUCUUCAGACACCGACUCUCCCUCCCCAGCUGAUGUCUUGUUGAGCAGAUCCAGCCGGAAGACAUUGAUCUACCUGGUUCUUACACUUUAUCACAUGUAUCCAGAUUAUGACUUCAGUGCGAUGAAAGCUCACCAGUUCUUCACAGAGGAAAGCUGGGACAGUUUUAAGCAGAUCUUUGAUACCUACAUGUUUGAAGCAUCAAAGGAAUGGAUUGAGACUAAUGGGGGCAAUUCCCUGCUAGAUUCCUUGUACAAGGCUUUAGACGAGGUCGUAAAACUAGCAGAUUGUGAAAUUUACAGUUACAAUCCAGACUCUGAUGCUGAUCCAUUUCUAGAGAGAGGAGCCAUAUGGUCUUUCAAUUUCUUCUUCUAUCACAGAAAACUAAAGCGUGUUGUGAGUUUUCGUUUUUGUUGUUUAAGUAAUUUGGUGACCGAGGAAUUUCUAAUCGCUGAAUUACCGUAUGAGGAAGAUGGGGAGAUUUUUGAUGACAUGGACAUGUGAGUACGAUACUCUGUUCGUAUGAUGUUUAUAUGUCUAGACUCUGGCAUCUCUGUAGGUGUGUAACUAUGUAAGUGAUACAAUCUUUAGGCUUGGAUGGUAGGAUUAGAUUAUCUACUUUCCCUUAUGCAUAUUGUAAGCUGCUGUCAUGUUUCGGAACAAUACUGUCUUAUGUAAAUUUAUGUCCAACAGUAAGAUAUAAAAAAAAUGUAUGUCCGAUAAUAUUAGUCUCAAGCGCUGAUAUGAGACAAGGUUCUUGAGGGAAUGCCUUAAUCUUCUCAAAUUCGAUGUUGAUAUUAUUGAAAUAUACUUAAAUGAGUGUUUUCAUGCG